AAAACUUUAUCCGUUUUUAGCUCACCUCAGAGCGGAUUUAAAGGCAGGGAAGUAGUUUCCUCCCGCGCCCCAGACCCAUCGCACCAUGGCAGAUCCCGAUCUUGACUUCACGACUGGUGAGUCUGGCGCCUCCGCCACCUACCCCAUGCAGUGCUCCGCCCUGCGUAAGAACGGCUACGUGGUGCUGAAGGGACGUCCCUGCAAAAUCGUGGAGAUGUCCACCUCCAAGACCGGCAAGCACGGACAUGCCAAGGUUAACCUGGUUGGUAUCGACAUCUUCACCAACAAGAAGUAUGAAGAUAUGUGCCCCUCCACCCACAACAUGGAUGUUCCCGCCAUCAAGAGGACAGACUAUCAGCUCGUUAACAUCGCUGAAAGCUAUAUGUCCUUGAUGAGCGACAACGGUGACAUCAGAGAGGACCUGCGCGUCCCCGAAAGCGACAUCGGCAAGGAAAUUGAAUCAAAGUUCGAGGCGGGUGAAGAAUUCAUGGUCACCGUGAUUUCUGCCAUGGGGGAGGAAUGUGCUGUCGCUACCAAGGUCUUGGCCAGCAAAUAGGGAGACGGACUUUGCUGCCCAGGCAACAAGCACCACCCACAACCAGUCUCCUGCAUUCUCAUUGGUUCUGUCACCAAAGCGUCGGCCUUCACAGACAACCUCCAAUCAUUCUGUUGUAAUUUCUCUCUCAUCAAUGAUCUUUUUAUCCCUCGCCUCCUCUCCCCUCCCCGGUUUCUCUUUCCGUUGCUGUUGGGAACGUUCCUCUGCAGCUCUCUGCGCGGUCCUCUGCCUGACGACUGAGUUUUUGUUUGGUAACAAUCUACUUUAUAUAAAAACAACUUUAAAAAAUCCCAUCAGUUGCUCAUUCCUGCUUAUUUUUGCCUUCAAAGUGUUGGUUUCGCCACUCACAUUCCUGAAUGUUUAAAAGAAACUUUGGGGUUCAGCUUUUGUAUGAUUAUUUUUUAUAUUCUUUAGGUUAAAUAAAGCGGAUCUUCGGGGUGGUUGGCACUUACAGGCCCACCCAGCAUGUAAAGCGAAAGGUUCCCCCCACAGUCAGGAGCUUCAGCAACUUCCCCCUCGGUGUCCGUUUCUCGUCUGUAGGAGUCUGAGGGCCGCGGUGGUGCGGAGCGCUCGUACUUCUGGUCCAAAUUCUCGAUCCGAUGUAACCAUCCCCCCCCCUCCCCAUUACAAAAAGUGUUAUUGUUUGAUUUCCGAGGCGUGAGUGGAGCGGUGUGGGCCUCCGACAUGUGGGAGGCGGUUUGCAGUGAGACGUGUUUCCUUUUGUUUGCUUUUCGAGGGACUUUAUUCGGGUUUGGGAGGGUGGUUCAGUUGCAAACGUUUUGUUCACUCGAGGCCUUUUGUCACCUGACUGAAGAAGGCAAAAUAAAACAAUGAUACAAAUGGACAAAAACUGCAAAACGCUGUCUGUCUGCUUUUCUGUCUCCUGGCGGGUUUUUGUUUUGUGGGCAGAAAGUGAAUGCGUUGCCGUGUCGGCUCGGUUUUGUUUGUGCGAUUUCUAACUUGUGCUUUAAUGCUGCAGCCUGUUGCUGCAGCCGGAACCUUAGGAAGUGUUAGCAUCAGUAUCCUAGCCUCUAUAAAUCUGCUCAUGAUGCUGCAGGAAUGUGCAAAUGACUCCAUACAAUAAAUGACGAGAUCAAUUAAACUUUUCGUAAUUCUGUUCAAAAUGUCAAACUUGUGAUUUUGAUUGUGGCCAACGGAACCCAAAGCGAAGUUCUCUAAAUGUUGAGGAGUUUUCCUUCCACUAAACUUUCCAGUGAAAAUUGCAUUGGAAGUCAAUAGCUUUUAUUAAUGGAAAGUUUAGUGGAAGGAAAAAGUGGUAAACUGCACAACCAACAUGGAUUGAGGCAGUUUGGGGGAGAUGAAGAAUCUUAACUGGGUUUAAAAAGGAUUCCGUCCAAAUCUAUUUUUUUUAUUAAUUUCUAAGAUUAAUAAAAAAUGAUGCAGAUUUUUAUUUUUUUUUUCUGGAAGAUGAGAAGAAAAUCCAAACUGCCUGAGGUCAGAGGUCAAGUUUCCACAGUCUGAGAUGCAUCAAGUCCAAAGUCGGUUUGCUUUUCCACCUGGAUUCGGUUCCGAUAGAUGUAUUGAUUACGGUGUGAUCGGUGAUCAGCGCCGAACUGAUCGGACCUGAACUGGAACAUCGGCCUCCAAAAAGGAGCCGCCUCACGUAAUGUUACACUUCAAAACAGAGAAGUUGGAGUAUUUUGAUUUGUAAUUAGGUGAAUAUAAUUAUGAAAAAUUCUGUAUUUUAAAGAAAAUUGAAGCAAAUCAAACAUUUCUAAAUGUAUUUAGAUGAUAAAGCUGCUGAAACCAGAACCUGCCGUUGGUAAAAAUCUGUCAGCGUGACGCAUCUUAGUGACGAUCUUUACAGUGUUUAAACAUCUGAGCUGCUUCAGCAGAUGGAAAUUAAUACAAAGAUUGUGAACAAACAAGAGGUCUCACUUCGACAAACUCUUCGCUAAAACAUUGUAAUUUGAGGUCAAAUAAGUAAAAUCUUACUUUAAAAAAUUAAAAUGUGUUUUGUGGUAAAACUAAAGUACUUUUUUUAUCGGUUACUCAGGUAAAUGUAAUUAUUUUCCUUCUGUCCUGAGGAACUAAUUCUCAUUUAUUUGGAUGUGCUGGUGAGACAGGUUUGUAUUUAACGCAUUAAAUAAAUAGAAAUAA